UUGCACGGUCUGCGUCGCGCGCGCGCUACCUCACCCCUUCUACCUACCUCAGCUUUCAGUCCGCUUCUCUCCUUAAAUUUUUGUCAUUAUGGCAACGGAAUACGAUAACGAAAACGGUCGUUACGACGACGAGCCACGCUUUGCUCGUGAUCGCAGCGCAUCUCCUCGCGAUGAGCCUCGAGCUGAUCGUGCCCGUAGCCGUUCUCCCAACGGCCGCGUGGAUGACCGAGCUUCUUAUGCUAGCGCUCCCAUUGACCCCCGUAAGAACUUGGAUGACGACGAAGAGGGUGCCCUGAACACUGGCUCCAACCUCUUUGUUACCGGUAUCCACCCUCGUCUGACCGAGUCGGACAUCUCGCGUCUCUUUGAGAAGUACGGUGAUGUCGAGAACUGCUCAAUCAUGGUCGACCCCCACACUAAGGAGUCUCGUGGGUUUGGCUUCGUCAAAAUGGUGACUGCCGAGCAGGCCGACGCGGCUAAGGAGGGUCUUCAGGGCGAGGUCAUCGAAGGCCGCACCCUGAGCAUCGAGAAGGCUCGUCGUAGCCGCCCCAGAACCCCGACUCCUGGCAAAUACUUCGGUCCUCCCAAGCGUGAUUUCCGUGGAGGUCACCGUGGCCGUGGUGACCGAUAUGACGAUCGUCGUGCUCCUUACGGCGGCAGCUGGCGUCGCGGUGACGAUUACCGCUAUGGCCGUUACGACUCCUACAGCGACCGCCGCGACUACGGUCGUGACUACCGUGACUACGGUGGCCGCCGUGACUACGGUGGUCGUGACGAUUAUGGUUACCGCGGUGGAGGUAGCAGCGGUGGCAUCGACCGCUAUGCCUCUGGUGGUCGUGAGGACCGUUACAGCCGUGACGAGCGCCGUGAGGACCGCCGUGAAGAACGUCGUGGAGGUAGCGGUGGCGGCUACUACGACCGCGAUGCUAACCCUCCCAGCUAUGGCUCCGCUGCUCCGGCGCGCGAUGCCUAUGCCGGUAGCGGUGGCGGCGGCGGCAGCGGCGGCCGCUCUUACGACGCCCGUGAUGACCGUUACAGCGCCCGGUAGGUGAAGUUGUCCAAUCUGGCAGGAGAGAUCCGGGCCGAAGCGCGUAGCCUCGCCCAGUAAUGGGGUUUUGUAGGCUCCGCGCUCCUUUCCUUUUACCCCUACGUUUUUUGUUUCUGUGACAUUCCCUUACUCCCAUUUUUCCCUGGAAUGGCUUUUUAAUCUCAAAUACCCCCAUUCGAAUGGAAAUCGCACUCAACGGGCCACGGUGGGGGCGUCAUAUGUGUUGUCUUGUCGAAAAGGGGAGAAGAAGAAAAGUCCUCAUCGCAUUAACAUGUCAUUACGGACAAACCGACAUGCCACCGUUUUUUUUGCGACCAGUCGACUUUCA